AUGACUUCAUGGGCAUGUUUGUCGAUAAUUUGGAAUUGGUUAAUAACGAAAGUCCUGAGUGGAAUUACUAGAACAAGAAAUAUUUUUACAAGAAGAACAGGUUGUAAAACAAAUUUGGAAGUGUUACGUGAACAAAUUGAUUCUGCUGGUGAUUACGAUCUUCAUGAUAUUUUACGUCAACAAAAUAGACUAGAGUGGCCAGAAUGGCAUUGGCCUGUGGAUAAAAAUGAUAAAACCAUGACGAUAGUUGAAGGUUUUCACGAAAAGUUUAAAAAAAUGAAAGAGUCUUCGAGUAUAGUUGACAGCAUAUACACGAUAGAAGAAACAUUGUUAAACUUUAUGGAUAGGAAUGACAAGGAUUGGAAUGAUGUGAAAGAAUGUUUCAAACAAGCCAAAGAAUUGGACGAUCCAAAGCUAAUUAUUGAGUCCUACACUAUCACCAAAAAAUUCAGUCGGUGUCUAAAUAGACAUUCAGCUACAAAUACAGACCAUUCACUAAAACGUUACUGUACACUAUUGAAUUGUCCUACUCUGGCUUGGACCCAAGAAUAUACAGAAGCCUUUACUAAGAUUUUAUUUCAUCCAAAAUUAAAGAGCCUUGAAGCUCAAAAUAUUACCGUUUAUCGUGGUAUGGUACUUGAAGAUGAGAAACCCAUAGCCAAUUGCAUAGUAGAUAGAAUUAUAAUAACAACAACGUUUUUAUCUACAUCUGCAAGCCGAGUGGUAGCUGACAUGUUUGGUACAACGCCUCCUGAAAGUAUGAUAUCAGUAUUAUGCACAUACAAGAUUAGAGGUACGACACGUCGUACAGCUCUGAAUCUUCAAUCAAUAUCCGUGUUUCCAGAGGAGGAAGAAAUACUGAUCAUGCGUUUCAUACCGUUUCGAAUAGUAUCAGUAGAACGAACAGAAGAUGGUAGAAAAAUCGAAAUAUGUUUUGAUGAAUUUACAAAAGAAGUAGUUUGA